AAUUAAUCAAUUCUUUGUUGUUUUUUACAGGAGCUGCCGAGUCACCGGUGGACGAGCUGACCACUUUGUGCAGCCAGGAGAACAUCUUCAGGUGUGAGAACGACCGUAACCAGUGUGUGCCGUCCAGCGUCAAGUGUGACGGCGUGGCCAACUGCGACAAUGGCAGGGAUGAAGCCGUGGAUAUAUGUGGUUGUCUGCCCACAGAGUUCCAGUGCAACAUGACUACGUGUAUCAACAUCGUGCAGCGGUGCGACACUCGGGUUGACUGUGACAACGGAAGUGACGAAAUGCAUUGCGAAACGUACGUCUGUCCCCCGACGACCCACAUCAAGUGUAAAAACCACUUUUGUGUAUCACGUGAUGCUCAGUGCAACUUCAAGGACGACUGUGGCGACAACUCAGAUGAGAAGACUUGCACCAGGAAAUCUUGCACCGCUACAGAGUUCAAGUGCAACAACUCUCAGUGUGUGUUCAUGGCCUACUUGUGUGACGGCAUCGCUGACUGUGUGGACGGCAGCGACGAGGACCAGGCACAGUGUGAUAAACAUUUCAAGUGCCCACUGGGAUUUUACAUCGCAGACGAUCACGUUUGUGAUGGGUGGAGUGACUGCCCCUUCAUACAAGCUGAUGAGAUCAACUGUUCUGCAGAAUGUAAAAGCAACCAGUUCCGUUGUCCCAACUCCCAGUGUAUCGGUGCCGGCAAUGUUUGUGACGGAGUCUGUGACUGUCUCUCUUGUGCCGACGAGGACAACUGUGAAUCUCAGAGAUGUACAGUAAAAGAAAAGUAUUUCUGCCACUCACGGGAACACCCUACCCGUUGCAUCGACAGGGAUCGAGUCUGCGACACUCAAAAUGACUGCAGGGACUCCAGCAAAGGCCAGGAUGAGCUGAGUUGCAUCGAUACAACUCAUAACUGCAGUCACUUUGAUAUGACAUACAAAAAGAAGUUCUUCAAGUGUCCAGAAGGAAGAUGUAUUCCAGAGCAGAAGCGAUGUGACUAUUACAUGGACUGCCAAAAUGGAGAGGAUGAGAAAAACUGUAAUUUCACCAGCUGCUCUCCUGGCCAGUUUCAGUGUGACACCAGGCAAUGUGUGCCCAUGUCGGCACGGUGUGACAUCAAACAUGACUGCAAGGACUGGUCCGAUGAGUUGAACUGUGAGAAUUUUCAAUGUCCACCAAACACGAAAAAGUGUAAGUCGGGACAGUGUGUAGCUGCAGAGUUCUGGUGUGAUUACACCCGUGAUUGUCCAGAUGGUAGCGAUGAACGUGGCUGUGAACCACGAACAUGCAAAGAGAAUGAAUUCACCUGCAACAGUGGCCAGUGUAUCAACUUCAGCAUGUUAUGUUAUCACGAUCGUAGCCAGGCUCGCCAAGGCUGUGCAGACAACUCACAUCUAUUUAAUUGCUCAAAUCAUACAUGCCCAGCAGGACAAAUGAAGUGCCACUUUCCCUGCCCCCUGAACUCAGAAGUCUGCGUCUGUAGAGGUGAUGAGAUGAACUGUGAGAAGAAGCAGCUGGUGACCAUUCCACCACAGAUUGAAAUGGAGCACUAUUCCAAGUUGCGAUUCAGAAGCAACAAGCUCCGACUGACGAAUCAUACAUUUGAUGAUCAGUGUUAUGACAAAGUCACAUAUCUUGACUUAAGUAACAACUCCUUGACAGAGAUUCCUGUUCAUAUUUUUGACACAAUGUGGCAACUGACAUAUUUGCACCUUGGAGACAACAAUUUGACCAUCCUAAAAAAUGGAACAUUUCAUCGUUUGUCUAUGUUGAGACAGCU